CUCUUCCUGUUCCCUGCUCAAGUCGGCGCCGCAAAAGCCUCGCGCCUCGAAGGGUUUCUUCUCCUCCGCCUCGCCGUCCGCGCGCUGUUCCCCACUACCGUCCGCGGGAAGCGAAACAACGCGGCGGCGAAGAGAGCCACCCCUCCUCAGAGGAUGGUCACCACAGCUGCGCCGGAGGGCGUCGCGCAGCCACCUUCCGCGGUCAACGGGCCCAAAGGCGAGGCGGAGAGGAAACAGAGCGACGCACAGGAAAGAGGAGGUAACGGCUGCGGUGGCAGCGGCGGCGGCGGCGGUGCAGGUGGUGGGGGUGGACGUAGAGGGAAGAAGCGGAAGAACAAGGGAGGUGCUUUCAUCUACGGAAACUACAGGAACUACUACGGCUACCGAAUUGAUCGUAAUGUUGGUGAGGAUCCCCGUCUUGAGAUAUUCAAGAAGGAGUGGUUUGCAGGCAAGGAUUGUCUUGAUAUUGGAUGCAACCAAGGUUUGGUCACAAUCGGUCUAGCGAUGAAGUUUGAAUGUCAAAGCAUCCUUGGAGUUGACAUCGAUGAAGGUUUGAUUGACCUUGCUAAGUGGAAUUUAAGAAGGAUAUCCCGAACAGGCAACAUGGCUCCAGAAAGUGCCAAGGUUCAUAACUCGUCAGAGUCCACAACUCAGAGCCAUCAAGAAGAAGUGGUAUCUGGGAUGCCAAAUGGAAAUAUUUCUAAGCACGCUCGGCCUGAUCUUUUUGAAAUUGUCUCUUUUCGGUCUGAAAAUUUUAUACAGAGACGCAAAUGUUCAGAACAGUAUGACACCAUCAUGUGUUUGAGCGUGACAAAAUGGAUCCACCUGAACUGGGGUGAUGAUGGCAUAAUCACUUUGUUUGUGAAGAUAUGGAGUCUUCUAAGACCGGGAGGGAUUUUUAUCAUGGAGCCUCAACCUUGGACCUCGUAUAGGAAAAACAGAUUAGUGUCAGAGUUUGCCAAAGAAAACUUCAAGUAUAUCUGUAUAUACCCUGAGAAAUUCCGGGAGGUACUUCUGGACAAGGUAGGAUUCAGGUCAGUAGAGGUGAUUACCAACGGAUUGGUCGGAUCCGUCGCUGGUUUUGACCGCCCAAUUGAAGUUUACUACAAAUGAUGGAAUGAGAUCGACGGUUGCCUCUUACCCAGAGGCUCAUGUGGUGCUUCGGGUGCAUAAGUUUGGUGCUGUGGGAUUCGUCGAACUUCACCGGUGCUUUCUUUGGUACAAAUAUGACGAUCAAGGUUUCACAUAACGCUGGAUUAGCAGUUUGUGGGAGUGUCAUUUUCAACAAGCGCCCAAGGAAUGCUAUGGAUUGGGUGGUGGUGGUAUUGCCUUCCGUAGGUAGUUUUCAAUAUUUUGUGAGACUUUAGGCUAUCAGCCUUUGUAUAUAUGGAUUUUGAAUGCCAGAGAAAACCUUCCAGUAAUAUAAGAUUUCCCGUCCUA